AUGGCAUAUAUUAUUUGGUUCAAUCUUCUGUUAUGCAUCGCUUCAGUUCAAAAUAGUCCAGUCAAACAGAAGCAUAAAUGUCGUUAUUGUAAUGUGACUACGCUGACGCAUAAGGAAUAUUUAAAACAUUAUGGAACGCACAAGGAAGAAGGCUUAUAUAAGUGUACUUGGUCCACAUGUGGAAGGAAAUUCCAUACUUCAAAGGGACUUCAACAGCAUUACGAGAAACAUCAACCUAAACUUCUGUGUGAAAUCUGUGGCUCUUUCCUUUCUUUUAAGAAAGGACUUGGAGAGCACAAGAAACGAUGCCACGGAGUUAGAGGCCGAGUGGAACGAAAUCCGCAUUUGGGACAUACUUUAGUAGACAUACGAAACCAUCGCAUUGCCGGUCAAGCUUCAUUAGGUCAACAAGAUGACUCGGGCAAUGAGUACUUCUCAGAAAACUUUACUGAUGUCAUUAGUGAAUCCGUUAUCAAGGAAUUAAUUUGUCAUUCUGGAUUGUUGUCGGUUAGAGCUGCAUCAGCUAUUCCGCCCAAUCAAUUAGAUAAUGAUUUUGACAGUAGGUUGUAA